CUCGUAGGGGUGAGUUUAGAUAAUUGGAAGCAUUUGAUCGAUGUGGCAUGGCAAGAUGCAUCUCACCAGAAACGGUCAAAAGCUGGCAAGAGUAAUAGGAGUCAAUUGCCGUACAAUCAUACCAAUGGGUCUCGCUCAUUUCCUAUCGCAAUGGCUGCUAUGGUAGCAAAAGAUGGAGAGUUGGAUUUCCCAAAGUUCUAUGAGGACAGCCACACUUCAAAGAAAACGAAUGACUGGAUCCAUCCGAAAUGCCGUGAGCUGCAUCAAGAGAUGGUCAAUGUACAAGCGGCUGCCAUCGAGUCGGGGACGCCAUUGACACAAGAGGAGAUUUCAAGGCAAGUGCUUGGACAGAAGAAAAGGUACUUGCUUGGAUUUGGGAGUGGCCCACAACCCCCUACCAAAGCUGCAUCACGAGCACACGAUAAGGACAUGGAGGCAAUGCGAGCUGAGGUGGAGGCACUUCGUGAGGAGCGGCAAAAAGAUCAUGACGAGUUUUGUCGCUGA